AUGGCCACCAUCCUAAGCCCAUGUAUUAACUCAGUGAAAAGGAAACCAAACUACCUCACAGCAAGUAGAGAGAAGGAGGCCAAGAAAGGGAAGAGGGACAAACCUGGGUCCCUAAUGCCUCCAGAAAGGCCCUCUUUAUCACCAUCUUUUCUUAACAAAAACCCAGCCCUGCUGUGUACAUAUAGAAAGGCAGCGCAUCAGUCUCAUAAUCUGAAGGAUGUCACUCCACUUUCUCUUGGCAUUGAAACUGCUGGAGGAGUCAUGACUGUUCUUAUCAAGCGUAAUACUACCAUUCCUACCAAACAGACACAGACCUUCACUACCUACUCCGACAACCAGCCUGGUGUGCUUAUUCAGGUGUAUGAAGGUGAGUGUGCCAUGACCAAGGACAACAAUCUACUUGGAAAGUUUGAACUCACAGGCAUACCUCCUGCUCCUCGUGGUGUCCCUCAGAUUGAGGUCACUUUUGAUAUUGAUGCUAAUAGUAUCCUCAAUGUCUCUGCCAUGGAUAAGAGCACAGGAAAAGAGAACAAGAUUACCAUCACUAAUGACAAGGGCCGCUUGAGCAAGGAAGAUAUUGAGCGCAUGGUCCAGGAAGCUGAGAAGUACAAAGCUGAAGAUGAGAAACAGCGGGACAAGGUGUCUUCCAAGAAUUCACUUGAGACUUACGCAUUCAACAUGAAAGCAACUGUUGAAGAUGAAAAACUUCGGGGCAAGAUAAAUGAUGAAGACAAACAGAAGAUUCUUGACAAGUGCAAUGAAAUCAUCAACUGGCUUGAUAAGAACCAGACUGCAGAGAAGGAAGAAUUUGAACACCAGCAGAAAGAGUUGGAGAAAGUCUGCAACCCCAUCAUCACCAAGCUGUACCAGAGUGCAGGGGGCAUGCCAGGAGGAAUGCCUGGAGGCUUCCCUGGUGGUGGAGCUCCAGAGAGGGGACAAGGAGACCUUCUGUCUUUUGGCAACAUCUCAUCUCUUCCUUUUACUAUUCCCUUCCUACUCCCUCCCCGUCCCCAUCCUCUCUCUUGGUUUUAUCCUGUCCUAUACUUCAAAUUUCUAUUUUGGGUUGAACUUGGUUUUUUUCCAUAUUGA